UUCUUGUCAAUAUUGGAUGUUUUCUGUCGUUCAAUUGACUAAAUAAAAGUGUUCUAGUAAAUCCGUGAAAUUCCCUGUAUUUCAUUCAGACGAUACGUGUCUACAAUGAAAUUACCUUGCGCUUUUCUCUUGGCUGUUGCCACCCUUGCCAUUUCCACACUGGCAAAGACGUACACGGAAUGUGAACUUGUCGAUCAGCUGCUCAACUACGGUUUCAAUAAAACAGAUUUGGCCAACUGGGUUUGUCUUAUAAAACAUGGCAGUAAUUUUUCAACAGAAGCAAAGAAUACCGAGACAGAUUCAGAUGGAAAAACUUACACAGCACAUGGGCUUUUCCAGAUUAGUGACGAAAAAUGGUGUGAAAAUGAUAAACCAGGUGGGACUUGUAAAGUCAAAUGCGAAGAUUUGAGGAAAGCAAUGUCUGGAACCGUGGAGUGUGCCCAUGAAAUUCAUGAUGAGCAUGAUGGUUUUGGAAAUUGGAAAGUCUGGAAGGAAAAUUGCAAUGGCACUAGUUUAACUGAACCUAAUUGCCCUGAGGAAAUAGCGAAAUAUAGUUGAAUAAGCAUGUUCUUUAGCGUUUUAUUCUGUUUUUUGAUUAUUGGUUUUUGUGGCAAGGUUUUUGUGAAAUAUAUAUAUAUGUCAGUUAUCUUUACCCCAUA